GUUCAGCCAGACUCGCCAGCAGGCAUGUAACACGUUUUGCAUUUACUGCUUUUUCCUCCGUAAAUUAAUCCACUUCUUUGCGACAUGUUUAGCGGUUAAGCAGAACUGUUAUUCCGGAAGAUAUACUUCGAUGUUUAAGGAGGAUGGCCAGCCUGUGGAGAUCCUAUCAGACCUUGAUGACUAAAUACCCCUGGUCAGUCCAGAUAGUCACAGCUGGGUCUCUAGUGGGUGUGGGUGAUGUCAUCUCCCAACAGCUGAUUGAGAGGAGAGGAUUAGCUCAUCACAAUGUGGGACGAACAGCCCGGAUGAUGAGUAUAGGAUUCUUCUUUGUGGGUCCGGUAAUCGGCAGCUGGUACAAAGUUUUGGACAGGAUUGUGGUUGGAGGGUCUAAAUCGGACGCCAUGAAGAAAAUGCUUGUUGACCAGUUGUGUUUUGCUCCGUGCUUCCUGGGAACUUUCCUCUGCAUUUCUGGAGCCCUGAACGGACUAACAAUGGAGGAGAACAUUGCCAAACUUAAGAGGGAUUACCCAGACGCCCUGAUCUCUAACUACUUUUUGUGGCCUCCAGUCCAGAUCGCUAAUUUCUACUUCGUCCCGCUGCAUCACAGGCUGGCCGUCGUCCAGAUCGUCGCCGUCGCCUGGAACUCCUACCUGACCUGGAAGGCCAACAAGAUGUGAAGAAACCUCACAAGUCCAGCUUGUCUUGUUGUUGAUGAUGAUGAUUUUUACACUCAUUUGUACUGUAGACUGCAAGUGUGUGUGAGAAAUGAGCACAACUUACUUUAGUCUUCUGAAAGUGUAAAACUGUGACUGAUUCACAUGUAAAAGGUCGGGGAAGAUUGCUCGUCUACUCUGAGUGACAAAUUCGCACUUGAAAGUCAAACUUGCAUUUUUGCAGAAACGUCUGUGAAAGUUUGUUAUUUAUGGAAAUGGGAUUUGGCUGCAGAGCUGCAGUGGAGCCACACGUACAUUAACACCUGCUGGUUGAUGAGGGAAAUGUUCUCCUCAUCGCCUCGAUGAGCUUCACUCAUAAUGUAUUUUUGAUUUACAUGUUUGCUUUGCUCGACUCUUCUCCACCUGAGUCAUUGUUGUACUUUGUUCUGGUUUCUCCUGCCAGCAUUUUAAUAACCCUCAGGAACGAAAUGUUGUUUUCUAAAUGUUUAAAAGUCUUACCCGUCAUGGUUUACUCUUUGUUUCGGUUUAACUUUGGAUUUGGAAGAACCUCAGUAGCUGCAUUUCCAUUGACCACAUAAUUCCACAAUUUGACAUUUUGAAAACACAUUUGCUUCAUGGAAAUGCGCCAGUUUCUGAAAAAAAACUACAAAAAAAACGCUUGUUUUUAGCUAAAAAGUUCUUGUGCUAUGGUGAGAAAUAUUGAAAUUAGUUUAUGUCACAAAACCAGACUGGAAACAGCUUUGUGAGGCUCUUUCCUAGAUGAUGAAACACCAGUCGGUGUUUGUGGACCGACUGGUCGUCCAUUUUUCACUUUUCCAAGUUUGUGGAAACCGACUUUCUACUUUUAUCCAGAUUGAUUAAUGUUAACGACUUUUCUUCACAUCUCUACUUGAAUUUCUGUAGAUCAGGGAAUAAUUUGUUGCUUUUUGAAAUAUUUCCUCCCUCAUUAGUUCAUUGAAUCUACGGGUAAGUGGAUAGCCAGAUCUGGUUGUUGCAAAAAGUGAAAAAUAAUGGAUUAAGUACAAUGUAUUGAUUUAAUGAUUAUAUUUUCACAUAGCCAUGAUUUUAGUUCAAGUGAACCAUCAUUAUCUCUUCAUCCUAAAAACUGCCCCUAAGAGCCAGGUUGGCAUUUUCAUACUUUAAGGAACAUGUUGAAUAUUUACUGUGCACAUUUUAACUAAUAAAAAUCCUACAUAACGUC